AUCCCAGAGUUGGUGUUCACUCCGAGAUGAACAUACGCCAAUAAGAGACUGAUCAAUUGCAGUCCUAAAAAUCAAUGGGGAGAUUCAAGCAAAGCUAUAGUUGUUUGUUACUUCUAAAGUUCUAUAAGUCUUUCUUUGUCAAUUUUCAAACCGAAUUCAACUCGUCUCGCUAGUAGUGUAUAUGCAUAUAAUCUAUCAGGGCAUGAAAUAUCCUUUUGAAUGUCAUUAGUCGUAACUCAAACGUUUUAUCUUCGUUCAGCGUGAACUAGAAUUCCUCACUUUUAACGUUUCAGUGUGAGGAGUCAAUGAUACUUAAUUAAUUCGUCUAUUAACAAUAAUUUUGCAAUAAAGCAUAAAUGUAAAUAUGUAUACUUAUAGAUAUAUACCACUGAAUAUCUUUAAAUGUGUGAUAGACUAGAUGGAGUCUCUUGUUUAUUAGAGUUCACUGGUUUACUUUGCGACAGAUAGAUGAUAAGUAUAAGGGAAUUAUUAGUGAGAAAUUAUCCCUGAAAAUCUUAUUUUGAAAAAAAGGAUGGAUACUGUUUAUAUUAUUCUUCCAUGUCUUUAAACAAAACACAGGAGUCAAAAAAUGGUACCACUCAACGUAUUACACCCAAAGUAAUCAUGUCUGAAUUAACUAAAGUUAUUCAACCUGAAGAAUUCAGUCAAACAAGGGAUUUACACCAACCAAUUGUACGAAAGUUUGGUGAGAAAUUAAAUAACCGGGGAAAGAUUUGGUGUACGAUUUCGGCAGAUAGAGCUGUUAAAAAUGCCUUAGCAUUUGACAUUCUUGAGAGUAUUUUACUAGGACUAAUAAAGUUUACGGUACCAAGAGUUAUUAGGUUUACAAUGGGAGAAGAAUUCGUUUUUAUCAUUAUUUUUGAACAAACAAUAAGUGAUACUAUCAAAGAGUUGACUACCAAUGAAUAUAAUCUUCAGUAUAAAAUCUUGCGGAUGAAUCGGCUAAAAAUGAUCGAUAAGGUAGCAAGAAAAAAGCCUGGUGAUGUACUCGUUUCAAUGGCUAUUGACUCAUUAUUAUCACUUUCAAUCCCUGGUCCAAUUACUGGUACAUAUACAAACAAUUCGAUUGAAGAGAAACUAUUAAAAACUUUAGUUUGUGACGUAUUGUUAAACCGAAUUUGUUCAGUUGAUGGAGCUACCAAUAGAGUUGGUGAAUGUUUGCCCUUGGCUACGUAUCACGACAUGAUAAAUGAGGAUAUAUUUUUUACAGAGGGAUUAGAAAUGUUGAAAUAUCACAUUGAUAACGACCUUGAAGAUAUUGAUCUCAUAGAAACUCAUCAAGAAACUAAGCCAGUUUUUAAUGCAUACGGAUAAUGUUUUCUAUGCUGAUACUGAUGCCGAUGAAGGAUAUUUGUUUGUUAACUAAGGAUUAGUUUUGUGACCCCUAUUUUCAUAACAAUCUGAAGUCAUCAUUGUGGAGUAUCCGUUAUUUUCGGAAAACUCAUUUUUAGCACAAAACUUUAAUCGUAUACACAGAAUUUCAGUGCUACCAGAUUUUUCCUCUAUAAAAUACAGUUUGUAAAAUAAU